AGAUUUUAUAACAGUGCUUGGUAGGAAAUUACUACCACCCAUUAGCAGUAAAGUACUGAACUUGUCAAGUAUAAUAAACGAAAAGCAAGGUUUAACUAUUUUAACAAAUUGAAAGACGAAUAAACAAAAGAUCAGUCGGUUAUACUAUAAAAGAUACGUUUAUUUGUCAUUAGAAAUGAUUGAUUUCUCUGCCUUACUUCAACCACUUGUGAUGGCAAUUUCAGUCUUAAAAAGCUUUUGAUGAAUCCUUAUUUGAUAAAAAAGUAUCGUUAUUGAAAAGAACUAUUAAAAGCGUUUGUUUAUCAGGGUAGACACUUUUCCUAGUAAUCAGGACCUGUAUUCCAAAUAACCACCCUAAUUUAAAGUAGUUGAAGGAUUGAAGUAAAACAGAUCCAAUUACUCAUGGAUUAAAUUUUUAGCUAAAAAUUACGUUACCUGAAGAGAUUUGAUUAGUAUUAAUCGUCGUCUUUUCCUGGUGGAAGAAACUUGAUCUUAACCUACAAAUAGCCAUUAUUCAGCAGCUUUACUCGCUUUCCAGUAAUGGCACUGUCUUCUUCUUCUGAAAAAGAAUUGGAGCAUGCAACAAGGAGCUUAGCAGGUCUAUCUAUACGCAACCAUGAAGCUGCAGCCGAAGUAUGUCAGGGCGUCUCCGGACGUUUUCUCACAAAUCGAGAUAUAUGGUCUUUGAUUGUAAACUAUCUUGAUAUUUUUGACUUGUACAGACUUAUGCAUGUCAAUCGACACUUCUAUCAUUGGCUCCAAAUAUGCCGUCUGGAGGAAUGUCGAUUCACGGAUGCCAGUCCUACAGAACUACCCUAUCAAAGAACCAUUGCCGUUGCAAAUGAUGAUUUGUGGGCUUAUGAAAAACAAGUAUACGGAAGGCCCUCCAUUUUACGGCCGCAGAUCCAGGAUCGCUUUGUAUACAGCAUGCUCAAGAAGUUUCAAGGAUUAAAUACAAUCGUGUUAGAUGGCACCGGUAUAACCGUUUCAACAAUUGCGUUUAUUUUGUUAAAUAUACCUUCCCUUCGGACGCUUAGUAUACGUUGGUGUCAAGGGGUUUCUGUAUUGGAUCUUCUUGAGCUUUUCCAAACUGUAACAAAAGACAGAAUUUUCUCCUUAGAAAACUUUCAUGUCAUGGGUAUCGUUGGGCUGGAAUUGCAAAAGCCUUUAAUGCCAGACGGUACGGAAGACGAUCGAUUGACCAGUGCCUGGCACGAUCGGUUAGCUGUGUUUCAUGAUGCUUUAGAUCAAAUAAGCACAACACAUGGGAAAACUAUUGUUACAGAUGUAUAUCGAUGUCCAUUAAAUGCGUGUAAAAUAGCAGAUUAUGAAGGUGAGAUUGCAGAUUUGUACAUGCUUAAGGUGCUUCCUCCUUGCGUAUAUUGUUCGGAAAAAUGGACUAAACCACUUUGUCGCUAUUGCAUUGAUCUAAGGCGGUGUAUGGUAUGUGGAACCUUCAUCUGUCCUUCGUGUUUAUCUUUGGACUUUGAUUUGCAAAUGCAAGCAUUUGCGCGACAACAUCGUGUCAUUUCUACAUUAACCGAUUUAUAUCCUGAACGUGAUGAUGAUUGUUAUCAUAAAACCAGGUCUAUAAGAUGGCGUCAGUUGAGUCCGAGAUCUCUACUUUUCCAAUUUCAAGAGCAAAAUCAUAUCCAUCACCGCAAAAUUCGUCGAAAUCUUAUUCAAAAUGGAUGGUCUUGGCAGUCCGGGGUUGAAGAAACACUUGCCGAAGGACAUUCAAGUCGGUAAUCUUAUUGUUUUUCCUUUCCAUCAAUAAAAAUUAGACUAUAUGGACAAUCUUUCUCAUUUUUUUGUUGACGUCGUUUAUGAUCUUUUACCUAUUUUCUUUUUUUGCUCUUUUUAUAUAUUACGAGUUGGACUGACUAUGUAAUUAACAUUGCUAAGAAUCGUUUCAAUAUUUAUUUUAUUUCAUUACAUUUAAAACUAUUUGAGCCUGAUUCUUUGCUUGAUUUUACAUUAAGCUCUAAUCUAUUCAAUUGAUUUUGUAAUGCACAUUUCCUCCUUACCGGCUGUUCGUACAUUGCGUAUCACGAAACUGAGAGUAUUCGAAGAAGUUUCAAUGAAAUGAAACAUAUAAUAAUAGCUCUAACUAUAUAACUAAAUGCAACUGCAUUCGUUUUUUAUUUCGUUUUUCCAUUCUUCAAUAAAUUUAGUAUGAUAUUAUACUUAAAGUGUCAUUUAAUGCAAUGCAGCGAGUUGGCUAGACUACCUUCCAAUCACGAUUAAUAGUGUUAAGACCU